CUAAAAUUAGAUGCGCAACCAGCGACUUGGAUCACUUACUUUGCCAUGGCGUUCAAGAACAUCCAGGCUCGAACGCGAGAUGAGCGCAAAGCGGUUCGAGACAAAGAGACAUGGGAGAAGGAUCGCCUUCGUGCGCGCAAGGAAGGAUACAUUCGCGUGGACACGUCAAUUUCGGGAAGCGCCAUGACAGUUCAAGCGGCCGGGUCGCAAGGGUACAUGUCGGACGCGGAUCGUUUCCACACGGACGUGGCGGGUGAAGAAAAGGUAGUGCGUGAGUCGCGUAUUGCGAAGCAUCAGAUGUCAUACGACACCCGCCGCCGCGACAAUCAAGUCCGCGAAGACCAGCGGUGGAAAGCCAUGGAUGAAAAAGCUACCGAGGAAAAGAAGCGAUGGGACCAUCUCCGCGACGACGGCGGCAAAGCUCGUCGCAACAAGUCUAGUUGCGAAUUCAAUCCCAUCACACUCAAGUACAACGACGGAAAGGACGGCGAGCGGCUCAAGCAAGCCGACACGGAAAUUCGGCAUCGCGCGUCCGUCCGCGCUGCGAACUUGCAGUUCAACAGUUCCCGAGGAGGCAUCAACCCCAUCACCGGCGACCCCAUUAAGCGUGUGCAGACCUAGCUAGCUUGAUCCAUAACCGUCAGUUGCAUCAGUGUUAUUGGACUCACGUUAACUUGACUUACCACAUGC